AUGACUUCGAAAACCCUCAUUAUCGAUGGUGCGGAAACUAGUCAAAUUCGAUACUCUGCUGGUUGGAGUUUCCUUCCUGGAAACGACAACGAGUACCUACACACCGUUAGCCAUACCACGACCAAAGGCGCGCAAUUCACGUUCGAUUUUAAUGGAACGUCUAUCAAAGUCUAUGGCUCCUUAUCGGUGCGCAACAACGAUAUUGCCACACUUCCCAACACUUCCUACGUCCUCGAUGGUGGUUCUCCUGUCCUCUUCCGUGGCAACCCUUCUGCGAACGACGACCACCGAUAUCAACAAGUGUUCUACUCCUCGCCGCCCCUUCCAUAUGGAAACCAUUCGCUCAUCGGCACUAGCGUAGACGAAGGGGGUAAAGUGUGGAUCGAUUACUUAGUGGUUGAAGUGCCCAACAAUCUGCAUCUAAAGACCGUCAUAUCCGAGUCGUUGCACGCUAAAUCGACACCUUCUGCCGCCGCCAUUCUAUGCGGUGUCCUCGGAGGGCUCCUUCUCAUAAUGACUGCUCUGUCCUUGUACCUGUGGUACCAGUAUCGAAGGGCGCUUGAAUCCAAAUCACUACUCGAUUCACUUGAUGAACCUCCCCCAACCUCGUCAGCAUCUUCAACCUUCAUACGCAAUCACGAUGCUUUUGUUUGUGUCGAAAGCCACAAGUCAGCUGUACCUCAGCAGCAGUACGUUUCGUCGCCACUAGGAUCAUUCGCAUAG